AUGGCUGGGCCCCACGCCGGAGGUGAGAGCCCGCGACUCUCCAAAAUCCCCUUCUGGCGCCUGGUCUUCGACCAGAAAGUGAUCACAGAAGAAGUGGCUUCAUUUCCCUAUCCGGGCUCUGGCACCGAUGAAGACCCCUACGUUGUAACGUGGUUACCGCGAGACCCUCGCAACCCGAUGAACUUCAGCGCCGUCAAGAAGUGGUCGAUUACGAUUCUAGUGUCUUUUGUGACGCUAGCUGUUGCCCUAGUCUCGUCCGCAUUCUCUGGAGGCAUUGGCCAGAUUGUGGCACAUUUUGACGUGGACGAGGAAAUCGCUAUUCUCGGCGUGUCGCUGUUCGUACUGGGCUUCGCUAUCGGACCCUUGAUUUGGGCGCCGCUCAGUGAGAUCUUCGGCCGGCGUCAUAUCUUCACGAUCAGUUUUGCGUUUUUGACAGCGUUCAAUGCCGGCGCGGUUGGUGCUCAGAAUAUCGAGACUUUAAUCAUUCUGCGGUUCUUCGCGGGAUGUUUUGGCUCAUCACCUUUUGGCAACGCUGGUGGAACGAUUGCCGAUAUGUUCACUGCAUCGCAGCGUGGCAUUGCUAUUAGCCUUUUCGCAGCGGCACCCUUCUUAGGACCGACCAUCGGCCCUAUCAUUGGAGGCUUUCUGGCUACCGGGGCAGGUUGGCGCUGGGUCGAAGGCUUCCUUGCUGCUCUCUCUGGUGCCCUUUGGUUGUGUAUUGUUUUUCUGUUGCCCGAGACGUACACUCCAGUCCUCCUGCGGCGGCGGGCAGCAAAGCUGUCAGAAAUCACAGGGAAGGUUUACCGAAGCAAACUCGAUAUCGAACGCGGCCCGAUUCCCAUGGGCAAGACCUUGAAAUUGGCUCUGUCCCGCCCAUGGAUCUUGUUAUUCCGUGAACCUAUCGUGUUUCUCCUGUCCAUUUACAUGUCCAUCAUUUAUGGAACGCUUUAUAUGCUCUUCGCAGCGUACCCGAUCGUCUUCCAGGAGGUUCGUGGGUGGAGCGAAGGCGUGGGUGGCCUCGCAUUCCUCGGGAUCCUGGUGGGUAUGCUCAUGGCUGUCGCAUACACUUUCCCAGAAAACAUGCGAUACGCGAAGAAGUGCAGCGAGACGACCGACCGGCUCCCACCAGAGGUGCGGCUGCCACCUAGUAUGGUCGGGGGUAUCGCUCUGCCCGUCGGACUCUUUUGGUUCGCGUGGACGAACUAUCCUAGUAUCCACUGGAUGGCUUCCAUUGCUGCAGGUGCGCCGUUCGGCUUCGGCAUGGUUCUCGUGUUUCUGAGUGUGUUCAACUACCUCAUUGAUUCCUACACCAUUUUUGCUGCCUCGGUUUUGGCAGCAAACUCGGCUCUUCGAUCGCUGUUCGGAAUGGCCCUCCCUCUUUUCACAACUUAUAUGUACCGGAAUUUGGGCAUCCACUGGGCAUCUUCUAUUCCAGCUUUCUUGUCGUUGGCAUGCGUGCCAUUUCCGUUCAUCUUUUUCAAAUAUGGCGCUCAGAUUCGCCAGCGAUGUACUUUUGCCGCCGAGGCAGAUGCUUUCAUGCGCCGCCUUGCGGAGAAGAAUAACGCUGAGACUCGACCCGAGGAGCCGGCCGCGCAGAAUGAGAUCGAGAAAAGUCAUCCCUCUGCUGAUGUCUCGGAGGAUACCAGCGAUCGUGAAAGCCUGUCAACCGUUCCUUCGCGCAUCACCUUGGGACUGUACGCAUCGCGAACGUCUCGUCAGUCGGGACGGUCGUUGCAUCGCACCGCUACGGCGACACAGUACGAGGAGAAUCCGUAUGACCUUGACUUGGUCAACACUCGACAGUCGGCGAUCAGUGGGCAUCGGCACGAUUGA